GCUUGGCUGCGCUCGUUGUCAGCACAGCCACCACCAAAUCCACUGACCGCAAGUAACCAUCCAUUCAUCAGCUCCUCCUCCUCCUCCUCCUCCCCCUUCCCCUCCCGAACGCAGACCCAAAGCCGAGGGCAAGGCUGCGAUUUGCAGUCCUCCUUCUCCCCUUCCAAUGGCGAGCGUCCAAGUCGCGCAUCUCCACCAAUUCCUCCUCCCCCACUCCUCCACCUCUUCCUCCUCCGCCGCCGCCGCCUGUAUAGGGAGGCCCAUGCACCGCCGCUGCCGCCGUCUGUGCCGCCCCGUGGCCUCUCUACCUGCCGGCCCCGGCUCCAAGACCCGCCGGGAAUUCAUCGCCGAGACCGCAGUCGCGCCCCUCGCGCUCGCCGCCCUUGCCGUGCCCUCCGCCCCCGCCAGGUCCGAAGAGCCCGCCCUCGCCGAGUGGGAGCGCGUCUACCUCCCAAUCGACCCUGGCGUCGUCCUCCUCGACAUUGCGUUCGUCCCCGACGACAUGAACCACGGUUUUUUACUGGGGACAAGGCAGACAAUAAUGGAGACAAAAGAUGGGGGAAACACCUGGUUCCCACGGUCUAUACCUUCUGCUGAAGAUGAAGAUUUCAAUUACAGAUUUAACUCCAUUAGCUUCCAAGGGAAGGAAGGGUGGAUUGUUGGAAAACCUGCUAUUCUAUUGUACACUUCAGAUGCUGGUGAAAGCUGGGACAGAAUACCUCUGAGUGCUCAGCUUCCAGGGGAUAUGGUUUAUAUCAAAGCAACAGGGGAAAAGAGUGCAGAAAUGGUCACUGAUGAAGGAGCAAUCUAUGUCACCUCAAAUAGAGGAUACAACUGGAAGGCUGCUGUUCAAGAGACUGUUUCAGCUACUCUUAACAGAACAGUCUCUAGUGGCAUAAGUGGUGCUAGCUACUAUACAGGAACCUUUAACACAGUAAAUCGCUCUCCAGAUGGUAAAUAUGUUGCUGUCUCAAGUCGUGGGAACUUCUACUUGACCUGGGAACCUGGACAGGCAUUCUGGCAACCCCAUAACAGAGCAGUUGCUCGCCGUAUUCAAAAUAUGGGAUGGAGAGCUGAUGGUGGUCUUUGGCUUCUUGUGCGUGGUGGUGGUCUUUUUCUCAGUAAAGGCACAGGGAUAACGGAGGAUUUCGAGGAAGUUCCUGUCCAGAGUAGAGGAUUUGGUAUCCUUGAUGUUGGCUUUCGCUCGAAGGAAGAAGCUUGGGCUGCUGGGGGGAGCGGCAUUCUUCUGCGAACCACAAAUGGAGGAAAGACAUGGACUCGUGAUAAAGCUGCAGAUAAUAUUGCAGCAAAUUUGUACUCAGUGAAAUUUAUCGAUGACAACAAAGGCUUUGUACUGGGAAAUGACGGAGUCUUGCUUCGAUAUCUCGGUUAAGAGCAAUUUUUUAGCUUUUGUAAAGAUGAGCAUUAAUUAUGUUCAUAUUGUCAAUGUGAGAUCUGUUAAGAUUUCUACAAUCUGUUCUAGAUUCUGUUAUUCGAAUCAAGAAACUGACUUUGCAAUUGUAAA